GGAGAGAGGCGCCUGGAGGUCGCCUCACGCAGGGCGUCUGUCUCACGGGUUAGACCUAGAAGGCACCCCACAGGCAGAAGCCCUCGUCUAAGGACCAGGACUCUGGGGCUCUGUCUAGUUUGUGAUCAGAGCAGAUGUUUACUGGGGGGUUAGCAAGUAGAGCAAUAGGGGUCACCAGCCCAGGGAGGGAGGCAGGGGGUUGGCGAUCGCAAAGAACCUGGCAAGAAAUGGAAACGGGAGCAGUUCAGGGACCAGAAUUAGUUCUGUUAGUGUUAAUGUCCAAAAUCUAUGCUAAAUUAUUCACAAAUCAAUGUCCAAUUAUUUUAAUUUUUGGCUCUGGUGACUCGGUAACCAGUGCUGGAACACUGUCUGGGAUGGCCUGCUUCCCUGGGGCCAGACCUGCUCUGUGGGAUCUGCAGCUCCCAGAGGAGCAACCCUCACAGACUCCAGGCCAGUGGGGGUCCCAAGGCUCAAGGCCUGUUCCUCUCGCCCUCCUCUGUGGAUUUUUCCAGCUGCUUUUCUUGACCCAAGGAUCACAUAGGGAUACAGAUGGAAGGAGGGGGAAGCAGGGAAAACAGUCAGAAUGAGCUGGGGAAGAGGCAGACGUGAGGAAGAAGGGAUGGCGGUAGUGGUCCAGCCAUAUGAGACAGGACACUUGGGACAUCUUCUCAAGUAGGGGCUGUGUCGGGCAUGGACUGGGCUGAAACCUCAGAGCCCCAGCUGCUAACAUCUGGAGCCAGGAUCAUGUCUGCUAACAAAGGCUGGUGGGUACCACCUGAAGGCGAAGACAGUGUGUCUGAGAAGUUCCUGAGGAAGACCAGGGAGUCUCCGCUGGUGCCUGUAGGCUUGGGAGGCUGCCUGGCAGUGGCAGCAUACCGGAUUUAUCGGCUGAAGGCUCGUGGUUCCACCAAGAUGUCCAUACACCUGAUUCACACCCGAGUGGCAGCGCAGGCCUGUGCCGUGGGUGCUGUCAUGCUAGGCGCUGUGUACACGAUGUACAGAGACUACAUCAAAAGAACAGCACCGGAUGCCGGGGAGAAGUAGGAUUCCUGUAGGGUCCGGGGCAGCCAGAGCCUCGUUCAUCAAUCCCUGGCCGCUGCCCUGGGGACCCAGGCAGGAAGACUGCAGCUGGGAGAAGAGACCGUGAAGCUUCACAGGAGAUGACAUAUAUUCAUUCAGAACCCAAGUGCCAAGACCAGACUGUUGGAGGAAAGGGGGAGGGGCAGAUGGGUAGGGAUGAAAGGAACAGAGCAAGGCAGAGGUCAGAAUGUUCUGUUCAUUUAAAAUCCAUGUCUAAGGUCAAACUUGUAAAAAAAAAAAAAAAAUUCCAUGUAAAUCCUGAAGACAGGGCCCC